UCCACCCCCCCACCCCAAGGCGACCUGUUUCAUUUCUCUUAGCAGUUACUCACUCACUAGGGUUUUGGGGUCCUUCCUAAGCAUAAACCCUAAGCAUGGCGACUCGCUCCCUCCUCUCGAGGCUCGUCUCCCGAUCCCUCUCCUCCCUGUCCUUCCCCGCUGUGGCUCCUCCGCGUUCUCAGCCUACCCUGUCCCUUGUCCUUCUCCACCGCCUCCGACCUCUGUCUGCUGCUUCGGCCGAGUUCCGCCUCUGCUGCACUGCUUCCUUCGCUGCUCGGAGCUUCUCGACGCGGGCGACGUCUUCCUCGCUCAACGAUCCCAGCCCUAACUGGUCGAAUCGGCCCCCGAAGGAGACCAUACUGCUCGAUGGCUGCGAUUUCGAGCACUGGCUCGUCGUCAUGGAAAAGCCCUCUGGUGAACCCACCAGGGAUGAAAUCAUCGAUAGUUAUAUCAAAACCCUGGCCAAGGUUAUUGGAAGUGAGGAAGAAGCUCGGAUGAAGAUCUACUCGGUCUCUACUAGACACUACUUUGCAUUUGGAGCUUUAGUAUCUGAGGAAGACUCAUACAAACUCAAGGAACUUGAAGGAGUACGCUGGGUUCUUCCUGAUUCAUACUUGGAUGUGAAGAACAAGGAUUAUGGAGGGGAACCCUUCAUCAAUGGGCAAGCUGUUCCCUAUGAUCCCAAGUACCAUGAGGAAUGGGUAAGGAACAACGCCCGGGCCAACGAGAGAAACAGGCGCAACGAUAGGCCUCGUAACUUUGACAGAUCGAGGAACUUUGAGAGGAGAAGGGAGAACAUGCAGAACAACAGCAAUCCCCAGUAUGGAGCUCCGCCUAAUCAAGGAGGUGCACCCUUCCCACCAAACAAUGCAAGCAGUGGGAUGCCACCAAACCCUGGCACCCAAGGCGGACCUCCAAACUUGAACUAUCAGGGCGGGCCACCGAACCAGGGCUAUCAGGGCGGGGCCCCGAACCAGGGGUAUCAGGGCGGGCCCCCGAACCAGGGGUAUCAGGGCGGGCCACCGAACCAGGGGUAUCAGGGGGGUCCUCCGAACCAGGGAUAUCAGGGUGGUCCCCCGAACCAGGGGUAUCAGGGUGGUCCCCCGAACCAGGGGUAUCGGUCUGGCCCUCCGAACCAGGGCUAUUCAGGUGGGCCACCAAACCAGGGCUAUUCAGGUGGGCCACCAAACCAGGGCUAUUCAGGUGGGCCACCAAACCAGGGCUAUCAGGCUGGGCCACCAAACCAGGGCUAUCAGGCUGGGCCCCCAAACCCGAAUUAUCAGGGCGGAAAUAUGCCUUCUCGAAACAUGGGAGGACCAUCGCCUCCAAACCAAGGUUGGAACAGUAAUCCUCAGCCAAACUUCCAGGAGCAGGGAUUCACUCCGAGCAGGGAUCCAGGAACUGUGCCAGCUUCAAACUAGUAAUAUGAUCCUUCCUUUUUAGGCUUAUUUUCUUCUGUUAUGAGAGCGAUGCAUAUUCGUUGUGGAUUAUCUGUAUAAAUGUGAUGGAACAAGUUUAUCGGCAUCUUUUGAACCUGAUGAUCUGGGGUUUGGCUUCAUUUAGUGUUUCGGAGCAGUUGGGUCAUCUAAACGCUGCUAGAUUUGCCGUGGUUUCAUCAUAUAUUAUACUAAUUGAUCGGGGAAAGUAAUUGCCUGCCUGAUAUUCCUCUUGAUCGUUUGCAAGUUGUUCAUGCUCCAACGGUUGAACCAAAUUGUCCGCGGUCUUCCAUAUGUAUAUUAUUGUCAAUGUCAGGUGUUCGCACUUGGUCCGAUUAUUGUUUUCUGAGUCUACUGGUUUCAACCAAAUUGUACUCGGUCGUUCCAUAUGUAUAUUAUAUAUUGUCAGGUGUUCGCUUUUGUUA